AUGAAAGAGGAGGUAGAUCAAUGGUUCCAGCUCAAUAUGGUCUCCAACUCUACGUCAACGGCAACAACUACUCUUCAUCACUGUGAAAGAUGGCUUCCUCCUGAGAAUGGUGUCAUCAAAUGCAAUGUUCAUGCCAAUUGGAGAAAUCCAUACCUUCAUAGUGGGGUAGCUUGGAUCGCAAAGGACCAUAACGGGAAUGUAACACACCAUGCUCGCGAUGCUAUCGUCCAUGCACCUAACCGUUUCAUAGCUGAGCUGAGAUGCAUAAUAUUCGCUAUGACGAGCCUUAGCGACCUCAGAAUCUCAAGGGUGAUCAUUUCUUCUGACUAUACAGAGGUUAUUGAGGCUAUCAAAUGUCCACUACAGUGGCCACGACACAGAGGCUUGUUGCAACAAGUGCUGCGACUUAAAGAGAAGUUUCAGGUAAUAACUUUUGACAGUGAGAAAGUAACAGCUAAUGGAGUGGCUCGUGACAUCGCAAGAAGUGUUUUGCGAGAUGGUCGGUUUCAAUCUUAUCUAGCUAUGGGAGGUCCCUCUUGGCUACACGAUAGAAUCGCAAGAGAACAACAUUGA